CCGUGAAGUCAAGUGUGCGCAAUGCGCGGCACCCAUACCGGAAGUUGUACCUACGUCGGACCUCACUUCGUGGAAAGCAGCAAACCAGUUAAAGGGAAAUAUAUAAUAUACAAUCGGUACUCAAAAAAGAAGAAAAUAAGACCUGCAGAUUUGGGAUUCGGCAUUUUUAGGCGCCCAUAUCAAAGACCAACUUCUUCCCCACGGUAAUCGUUGUCUCUCCACAUUUUCUCCAAAAAGCGUUCAAUUCUUAUUCCUGUUUUCGGCCUGGUUCUGUGUAACUGGGAAGAAUACACGCUUCUACUAUACCUCAGAGAGUGAGGAGGAGUGAGUGUUUGAGACCCACUCUCUCCAUGUGUGUGACUAUGGGAGACAUUAGUGAUCUGGACAGACAGAUAGAGCAGCUACGACGCUGUGAGCUCAUCAAGGAAAAUGAAGUCAAAGCACUUUGCGCCAAAGCCAGGGAGAUUCUGGUUGAGGAGAGUAACGUUCAGAGGGUAGACUCUCCCGUCACGGUGUGCGGCGAUAUUCACGGACAGUUUUAUGACCUGAAAGAGUUGUUCAGAGUCGGAGGUGAUGUUCCAGAGACAAACUACCUUUUCAUGGGAGACUUUGUUGACAGAGGUUUCUACAGUGUGGAGACGUUCCUCUUGCUUCUAGCUCUUAAGGUACGGUAUCCAGACAGAAUCACCUUAAUCCGGGGGAACCAUGAGUCGCGGCAGAUCACCCAGGUCUAUGGCUUUUAUGAUGAGUGCCUUCGCAAGUAUGGCUCAGUCACCGUGUGGCGAUACUGCACCGAAAUAUUUGACUACCUGUCUCUCUCCGCUAUUAUUGAUGGCAAGAUUUUUUGCGUGCAUGGUGGCCUGUCUCCCUCCAUCCAGACUCUGGACCAGAUCCGAACUAUUGACAGGAAGCAGGAAGUGCCCCACGAUGGACCCAUGUGUGACCUGCUGUGGUCAGACCCUGAAGACACCACAGGAUGGGGGGUUAGUCCAAGAGGGGCAGGCUACUUGUUUGGUAGUGACGUGGUGGCCCAGUUCAACGCAGCCAACGAUAUUCACAUGAUUUGCCGGGCCCACCAGCUGGUCAUGGAGGGCUACAAGUGGCACUUCAACGAGACAGUGCUCACUGUGUGGUCUGCACCCAACUACUGCUAUAGAUGUGGCAAUGUGGCGGCCAUUUUGGAGCUGGAUGAGCACCUGCAGAGGGAGUUCAUUAUAUUCGAGGCAGCUCCACAGGAGACCAGAGGCAUCCCUUCCAAAAAACCAGUGGCUGACUACUUCUUGUGAGCUCUCAUAUGACUGAGUUCUAGCCCUUUUUUUUUUAACGAUGCCUGUAUGUUGGUUCCACCUCUAACCAGCCCUCCCCUGAACUUGCCUCUUGAUAGUCAUUUGCAGCUAUCAUACCCGAGUUGAAAUCAUUUGAAAUCCUUAUGAAUACUUUGAACAUUAAUUUGAGCCAGUCCAGAAUGCCAGGUGAGCAUGGUUUGGACCAUAGGACUAUUUUCAACUGUUUCAAUUGUGUCAGAUGAGCUCCAAUAAUCUUCAGUGAAAUUAAAAUAUUUCAAAAAAAUAUUUGAUCUGUGCCUGUAAACUACAGUGCAAAUGAAACUGACUAAGUAAUCACCAUAAUAAUGACUAUCCAGUACUUAUCAGAGUGAGUCAAGUCAGAGUGUUGAGGGGUGCAUUGCUCAUCUUGAAACUUGGCCCAAUCCUGUUGGAAUGACUCUCCAGCUCUCUGUAAUGACCAUUGCUCAGCUGUUUUUUUUCUGUACCCCUCAGCAUCCAUUCACCUAUCUCCUUCCCCUUGUAGAUUAGUCAGACACUUAACAGCUACCUUACCUUGUAGUAUAUAUAUUUUUUAAAUCCAAUAGAUUGAAGGAUAACAAGAGGGCAUGAGUGUUUUAUAUUCAGAUGUAGGAUAUUUCUUGGCUGGAGCUUCUAUUAUGCAUAACCUUUUUAUUUUAUUCUUCCAAUGCUUCUUUUAUCUUGGAUUUUGUAUAAUUGUUGCUGCCAGUCCUCACUGUCAACAUUUUAGUCAUAUUGUUUCCAAGCAUUUGUAUUUAAUGCAGCUUGGCACCUUCAUGUCUACCUAAAGGACAAGCAGAUGUAGUAAACGGUUAAAUGGUUAAGUAAACGGUUUCUCUCAUCCACCUUGUCAAUGCCUCCAGUCUACUCUUUAGGAUUUGGUCAACUUUUGAUAUUGUAAUAAAAUCUUUUUGUAUCAAUA